AUGAUGCUGAGCGAAUUCAGACAGUUGUUGAACAGCUCUUUCUCCAUAUCCUUGGCAAUGGAGCUACUCACCUCACUUUCCUCGUCGCUGGUCAUCUUACCAGUGAUCUGGCUCGACAGCUCCGUCGCAAUCUCCUUGAUCGACACCUUCAGCUUGGACGCCUCCAACGAAAGAUGGUUGCCGGCCCCGUCUCCGGUGGACGAGAUAGUCUGUGUCAGAUCCAAACGCGACGAUUCCAGUGUCGUGCUUCUCACAAGAGCCUGGUCAAUGUGGCUAGUCAAUUGGGCAUUCUUGUUCAAGCUUGAGUUGAUAGCAGACCACAGUCUUUCCACUUCGAGCAACAGCGAUCCACGGGUAUCUUUCUCGGCAGGUUCUGGAGAUGUCAAUAUUGUUGUCUGGGACGAAGCCCCAAACCCUAACUCUUCCAAAAUCUUCAUGUUGGAAGUUGGCUUCCUAGAACCGGCAGACGACUUCGGUCUCUUUGAUCUGUGUGUGAUCAGAUCUUUUGGCUCGUUUGCAAACGAAAACUUAACAUGUUUCACUGACUGCUGCUCGGAAUUGAACUUCUCUGUCAGCACAGUAACCAAGUUGACAUAG